AUGUGGAGUGUGGACUCGGCUAUCAUUGUGCCGAUAGUUGUGUCGGCAAAUGGGUUAGUCCCCAAAAGCCUCGACAACCACCUUAAGAGGCUGACCGCGCUGUUGGCCGCUGCCAACGCUGGCUACCUGGGCCAUGGACACGCUGUGUCAUCGCAAAGCGUCAUUCGUCACGAUGAACCCCAUCAUUAUGCGGCUCCCAUAGGACAUCACGCCCACUAUGACGGCCAUGACGUACACGCCCACCCCAAAUACGACUACUCUUACUCCGUGGCUGACCCCCAUACCGGUGACCACAAGUCCCAGCACGAGAGCCGCGACGGUGACGCCGUCCACGGAUAUUACACCCUCGUCCAGCCUGAUGGUUCCGUGCGCAAGGUUGAAUACACCGCUGAUGCCCACCAUGGUUUUAACGCUGUUGUGCACAACACAGCUCCCAUCAUACACGACCACGGACAUGGACAUGCCUACCAUCAUUACUGA